AUGAAGCUUCUGCACAUUAACCUUCCGCGUCUCUCCCUUCUUCUCUGGUGCUGCACCAUAAUCCUGGCUCCAAAUAUUCUCUUCGAUCUUAACGAGACACCGGAGGAGAGCUUGGUUGAAGCAUCACAACCUGCUUCUCACGAGUCCAUCGCGGGUUCAUCAUCCAAUCCGAUUCCAGUCAAAAAUUCAGAACUAAGCUCUAGAAAACGCAAACUUGACCAGGGGCAACCUGUCAACUCGAAUGCAUCAGGAAAGCGUGCUUAUCUGUUUCAUGCUGCGGAUGUCUUGAGCUCGAAUCGUAUCGGACAGGACGGUCCAGCGAUCCCAGAUUCGAUCGUGGUGAAUAAUUGGGUCGCUAGAAGUGCAAUGAUCCGAAUAAUCACUGCCAUGAAUGAUAAAGCAGCCGAUCAACUCAUACGUGACGCUUUGAAUCUGAUUCAACCGUUGGGUCACGUUGAAACUAAUCUCACGCGACGGCCCAAACUGGCGAAUGACCUUCGACGCCUUUAUGUUAUCAAGAGCGGUCAAGUCGUGGAAGCAAUCCUCAGAGGGUAUUGUGACGAUUUUCGUGAAAGAAUUCACUCAAAAAACCUUAAAGCCAAGACUCAAGCUGUCUCGUCCAAACACGAAUCCUUGCCAUUUGGGCUCGCCAUGCGGUUCGACCAGAAACCGGGUAAAGUUUUCAGGGUGUUAAGCGCUAGAAGUGGAUUAAAAAAAACUCAGACAUUUUGGGAUCUAAUUUCACUGUACAAGACCUUGGCGAUUUCGUUGUACGAGGAGCACAACAAUAUCCUCAAGCGGCUCCGAAUACCACCUUUUGUCAUCGGUACCUUGGAACCGGACAAGUAUCCAAAUUGGUUUGCAAACAUUUUUCCCGGGACAGUCGGGGAUACCCAGGCGAAGUUGAUAAGAUAUUUCUCUCAGGCUCCUGAAGAAGCAAAUGCAGAUGAAAUUGUGUCCCAUCUGUUGGAUAGCUACCUUUUCCAGACGAAAUCCCAUUAUUUGAGCUUGAGUGCAUUUGCAAAAUCUAUUCAACAAGAUCCAGCGGAAGCCGAGCGCAAACUACAAUUUAGACGGGAAGUGGAAAUUUCAUCGAAGAUAACUGAAAAAGCAGAAAUUGCAGCCCUCAAGAAGGUUAAGAUGACUGUGAACCAUGAAGAUCGUGAAAUGUUUGACUAUUUUUUGGAAGAUUUUAACGCUCGACUACCAGAGGCGAAAUUGAACCGAGUCGAGACAAGACGAUAUCAUCCAGACUUGCCAUUGGCGAUGUACUUUGACAAAAAAGCCCCACUUGGUUUUCAGUCGUUGAGGAUUUUGAAAGCGCAGGCGGACGAGACGAAAAAUGAAAGCAGUGCUAUGUUGGACUCUGCAGAAACCAACAAGAGGUUCCAAAAACUGGCGAGAGCAGUAGAUUACACACACAAGAAAAUCCUCAUGAAAUUGGAAAUCAUCCAACCGGACUACAAUCACAAGAGGGAAGAAGCGCUCGCAGCCCUUAUCGACGCGAUUGUAAAACCAAAAUUGGGGCUUCCGAUCAUAAGUGAUAUUCAGGCCAAUAACAACAUCCCUCCCUGGGAAGACAUUUUCUAUGCGUCUUCCACACUUUUCGGUGAUACUCAGUUAAAACUCCUCACCUUUUUCUCUGAACAUCCAGACAUCGCUGAUACUAAAGGGACUUCAGAUUUCUUCUUGACUGGUUGGUAUCAGGAUAAUCAUCCAGGUGAUUUCAAAGAAUUGAAGAAGGCUCUGAAAGAUCUAGAUUAAUCAUUAAUGAAAAUUGUUUACAUUCUUAA